ACUGUAAUUGUAUACAUUUGACAUCUAAAAUGGGCCUUCGGAGCGCAACCUCAUUCCCUCAUCACAUGCACCGCCCGCUCCUCGAUGCCUCGUACAUUUUGUAGCGCAAGGGGUGGUGGUUACAACUAGUCAAGGCUUGUGUGUGGACAUUAGCUAGCCAGAUAGCCAGCUAACGUUAGUUAGCCUGCUAACACUGUGGAAUUGAAUACGCGUUAAAGAACAACGGAUUUUCGGCACACGAUGAAUAUUUGGCUUAAUGCUUUGAAGUAGCUAAAAUAGCUAAAGUUUCGAGGAACCUGACAAUAUAGAAAUCUGCUGACUAAAUAGCUUUACUUUGGUUAGUUUAUCUGCUAAGAUUUACUGUAGUUUGCUAACAUAACAAGCUAAAGCGGCAUAUAUCUGUUACAUUGGCUAUCUUGCCUUGCAGGAGGUAUACUGUAUCUACGAAUAAAUAAAUAUUACAUGUAAUUGUUUACCCGUUAAGAUUUAUUUUAAGAUUAACCAAUCGGUGCAAUAUUUCUGUCGUUAUACGUCUUAUGGUUAAACGUUUCUAGGGCCUUUUGUUGAUUUAGCCUAGUUCGCAAGGUAUCUUAUCAAGACCAACUUAGCGAACGUUAGCUAGCGAAACAAUCACGACGAAAAGAGGCUGUGAUUGGUUUCCUAGCAAGAUAAGAUAACGUUUACUAACUUUAUCUUUCUGUAACACGAGAGGAGGCAGUAACCAGCUAACUAGGUGCACAAAAACAGGUCUAACGUUAACUAGCUAUAUAUUUUGAUCCUGGACCUGGUUGCUGAGGAACACCGAUAAAUCCAUUGACAUGAUGUUUCCACAAUCAAGACACUCGGCUUCCUCCCAGUCCUCUCAGCCUCUCAAAUUCACCACCUCGGACUCCUGCGACCGCAUCAAGGACGAGUUUCAGUUCCUACAAGCACAAUACCACAGCUUGAAGAUGGAGUGUGACAAGCUGGCUAGUGAGAAGUCCGAGAUGCAGCGUCAUUACAUUAUGUACUACGAGAUGUCAUAUGGGCUGAACAUCGAAAUGCACAAACAGGCCGAGAUUGUGAAGAGACUAAAUGGGAUCUGCGCUCAAGUGCUCCCCUACCUGUCUCAAGAGCAUCAGCAGCAGGUCCUGGGGGCCAUAGAACGAGCCAAGCAGGUCACCCCUCCAGAGAUGAACUCCAUCAUACGGCAGCAGCUCCAGGUGCACCAGUUGUCCCAGCUCCAGGGUUUGGGCCUCCCGACUAUGGCCCCUCUUCCUAUGGGUCUGUCUGCUCCUAGUCUCCCUCCAACCUCCAGCGCCGGGCUGAUGUCCCUGUCCUCCAUCUUGGCCUCGCACUCCCAUUCCCACUCGCAGGCAGCACACGCGCAGGCCCAGGCCCAGCUGGCUAAAGAAGACAAGGCCAGAGACGCAGCCGAGAGAGAACCGAGGGAGGAGGACGGCGAUAAGUCAGACUGAUGGAGGACUGUUGAUUGGGGGGGGGGGGGUGAAGAGGGGUUAGGGUGAGACAAGUUGGACUGAUGGACAACCAAGAGAGGGUCUGCCGUGGGAGGGGAUGAGCGGAGGGUGGGGGGUGAGUUGAGUGCUAGCACGGUAGUUGAUGCGCUGAUUUAGCUCUUGGGAGUGCUGCUCUCUGGCCCUCUCCGACACUACUCUCCAUCGCUUGCUUAUCUAUCUUUUUAAUAUGUCGUUAUCAUCACAUGAGUUUGUCGCCAAGCCUGUCGGACAGGUCCCCUCUGAUUCCUGCCUCUACCUUUGAUCCUCUGUUCACUGUUGUCGCUGACAUCCAUUCGCGAACAGAUACUUACCCUCACCGUUUGACCUUUUACCCUCUCCCUUACUCCUGGUAGAAGUUGCCUUUGGGCUCAAAUUUAAACAAUAAAAAAACAUUAAAUGACCAUAGAUCAGUGUCUAGGGACAACUAUCUUCCUCUCUCCUCUUCAUUCUGUAGGUCUUUGCUGAUUGGCUGCAGACAGUCACUACUUGCUCUGCUCACUGAUCUCACAGAGACCAUAUUCUGAAAGGGCCACUUGAAUAAGACUCAGUCUAGUAGUAUAAAAGUCAGAGUGUGUGUAUGUGUGUGCAAACGUACAUAUUUUGGUUAUUUUUUAUGAAGCACCUUUUUGUAUUCUCCCUCUCUUCCCGGCCCUAUCUCUAUGUCCGCUCUAAGUAGCCCCCUCUGUGGUCCUGUCCCAAAUCAACCCCUGUUCCCUAUGCACUUUUUCCUAGAGGAAGUGUGUAGGGGAUGUGGAUUCACCCAGGACAGGGCUUAAAUCUAACGGGACCUGAACUUCACAUCAAUCAUGUGCUCAUUCAAAUCAGAUCCUGUCGGUGGAAAAGUAGAUGAACAGAUUUGCGUAUGUCGCUCUGUUGGUUAGCGUAGCACUUGGAGAUUGUGUUGUGAGCGAGCGUCGUGCCAAACCAUAGAGCACUAACCCAUAACUUACCUGACCCUCAGACACAACCGGUUUUCUAACAAGAAAGCAUGUGGGUCUCCUCCAGGACAGUAGGUGGCAGCAUUUCCACACAAGCAAACCCAGACACGGCGGUAUUCAAUCAAACCCCCAUUGUUGUUUACUCUGAAGCUCGUUCCCUCCAUGGUCCAGUUUAAAUCACAGGAUUCUACAAGCCCUAUUACCUCUGCCACCAGGUAGAUUCCCUUUCAUUAGGCAGAAAUCUGAGAAUGUGUUCAGGUUUGUAAGCUGAAACACUGUGUCAGCAUUGCUAUGGCAGGUUUGACUGGAUUUACAGAGCAAGACCCAUACACAUGAAUGAUGUGUGUCUGUUCGUUUCUGUUGUGACGGGCCCAUUUAUAUACGUAUAUAAAUAUAUCAAUAUACAUGUAUAAUUUUUUAAAGCAUUUUUGUAUGUUUCAAAGCUGCUUUUAGUGUGUAUGUAUGCGUGUGAUAAGACUGUUUCAGUGUAGCGCGUGUUCUGUGAUGUGCUAUGGAAAGAGAGGUACUAUCCAAUAACCCCCCCCCCUCCCCAUCUACCCCCUCUUCUCCUUUCCUGCCCCUUGACAAUGCUGAGGAAAUGUUGCCUCCUUGUUGAGCUUUGUAAAUGUCAUUUUUUAAACUCUUUAUUUUGUUGUUCUAUGUGAAACUUCAUAAUUGUGUACUUGGCGAUAUGUUGUAUGUGUUAUAAAAAAAAAAAAACAAUACUUAUAACUUCAUUUAAAAGAAAAGACACGGAGGGGGAAAAGUAAAAUCUAAUGUAAACCAACCAAACAUCAACUACACAACAUGACUGAAUGCAGUAAGGAAAUGUCUACGGUGCCUUACAAAUAAAUGACUCAACGGA